AUGUCUGCACCACCAUGGAGGUCUGGCGGCUCCAGCUACACUAACGGAAGUAAUCGUAACGGUGCAUACACCCAGGUAAAUGCACGCAAAACGCUUUCUUCCGGCACUCGACCAGGUUAUUCAUAUAAUCAGUCAACACAAACACAGACUCAAGCUUCUGCAGAGUCACCAUCAUCUGGGCAGAAGACUACUUUCCCCGAUAAGUUAAAACAGUACGUCGCUCGAACUUUCGAAGACUGCCCGCCAGAGUCCAAAUCAGAAGUGGAAGUAGAACUUAAAAGAAUUAUUACGGACGCGUUCAAUCAAAAAGUUGUAUGGACCAUAGAAUGGGAUAAUAUGCCACUACCUCAACAUGUUCUGGCGAAGAAGGCUCAGGAAAAGAAAGACAGGGUAGAUAAGGAAGACUCGACUAUAACUAUGCAGGAGCUCAAUAACAGUCUGCGCUCUCCGCCACCAAAGUUGGAUACUUCUGGGAGAUAUUCCCCAUCCAAUCGAGAGCCUAAAUAUAACAACGUAAUUAACUUUGAGCUUGGAGGUAAAAAAAGAAAAAGUGCUAGUAGCGAUGAAAUAUCCCUUGUUAUUAGGUCGGAUGAUAGAUUUGACAAGCGCGCUCGUCAUGAUACUCAUCAAUAUUCCUCUGCGGCAGAUAAAUUAAGCCAACGUGACAAAGAAAAACGUGCAAAACGAUUCGAGGACAGUAACAAUCGUGUCUCGCCCCAGUCACCGCAUCCAUCAACUCCCAUUGAUAAUGGCAAAAUAUUAGUUGGAACUUGCGAGAAGCUUGAGAAACAAUACUUCCGACUUACAUCAGCUCCGGACCCUACACAGGUGCGGCCGCUACAUGUUUUGGAAAAGACGCUCGAACUUCUAAAGAAGAAAUGGAGGACCGAGUCAAACUACUCUUAUAUUUGCGACCAGUUCAAGUCCCUUCGGCAAGACCUAACAGUUCAGCAUAUCAAGACGGAUUUCACAGUUUUGGUUUACGAAAUACACGCGCGGAUAGCGCUAGAGAAAGGCGACUUGGGUGAGUAUAAUCAGUGCCAGACUCAGCUCUAUUCGCUAUAUGGCGAAGGAUUCAAAGGCCACGAAGAAGAAUUCAAGGCGUAUCGUAUUCUCUAUCUCCUUCACACAUGCAACCGCGCCGACAUGAACGAUCUGCUAGCGAACCUAACCCCUGUAGACAAACAAGAUAAGUCAGUCCAGCAUGCCCUGCAAGUACGCUCCGUUCUUGCAGCCGGCAAUUUUCACAGGUUCUUUAAGCUCUAUUUGGAAGCACCCAAGAUGGGGGGAUACCUGAUGGAUUCAUUUAUUGCUCGUGAAAGAAUGUCUGCCAUGUGCACUAUCUGUAAAGCUUAUCGACCCGAUAUUGAUAUUAGAUUUCUGACUGAAGAACUCGGUUUUGAGAGCGAUACCGAGUGCGUGCAGUUUUUGUGCGACAGCGGUGCCCAGGACCUUAUCGAACAGAAGUCGGACGAUAAGGGUGUUCCCAGGACGAUUCGCUUUCAAACAACCAAAGCACUUUCGAUAUUCGAAGAGUUAAAGAAGUCUGCAUUCAAGAAGGUUGAUAUCAAGGGGCAAUUGUAG